AUGUGGUUGUGUGUUUUGUCUAUUGUCUUCAUUGUAGUCUUUGUCGUUGUGUGUUUGCGGCUCAAUCCCGACAACAGCCUCCAGGCUCACACUCCCGACAACAGCUUCUUGGGUUUUGUGGUGGAGCAGCAUCUGAACGCCAGCGACAUCCGACACAUCGACGACGUCAAGCGGCAGAACCAGUCCCUCGUCUAUGGAAAAGUGGACAACUUCUGGAAGGACAAGAAGAAAUACUUGGACCGGAUCCACAGCUACAUGGACGUCCACGCCACGGUCCACGGAACCAGCACCAUCCACCUGCCCAGCUACGUCAAGAACCACGGCAUCCUCAGCGGCCGAGACCUGCAGUUCCUGCUGCGAGAGACUAAGUUGUUCGUGGGUCUCUCGUUCCCGUACGAGGGUCCGGCGCCGCUCGAGGCUAUCGCUAACGGCUGCGCGUUCCUGAACCCCAAGUUCACUCCUCCCAAAAGCAGCAAAAACACAGACUUCUUCAAAGGAAAACCCACGCUGAGAGAACUGACGUCGCAGCACCCGUAUGCAGAGGUGUACAUUGGUCGUCCUCAUGUGUGGACUGUGGACAUAGAGAAUCCUGGAGAAGUGGAGCGAGCGAUCCGCUCCAUCCUCAGCCAAAAGAUCGAGCCGUACCUGCCUUUCGAGUUCACCUGCGAGGGCAUGCUCCAGCGCGUCAACGCCUUCAUCGAAAACCAGGACUUCUGUCACGGUCAGGUGAUGUGGCCGCCGCUGGCCGCGCUGCAGGUAAAGAUGGCGGACCCUGGACGCUCGUGUAAACAGGUGUGUCAAGAGGAGCAGCUCAUCUGUGAACCCUCCUUCUUCCAACACCUGAACAAGGACAAGGACCUGGCCCGAUACGGCCUGGACUGUCUGACGGUGGAGUCCAGGUCUCUAAAGUCCAUGUCUGACCUGUCUCUCUCUCUCAGAUACGGCCUGGACUGUCUGACGGUGGAGUCCAGAUACGGCCUGGACUGUCUGACGGUGGAGUCCAGGUCUCUAAAGUCCAUGUCUGACCUGUCUCUCUCUCUCAGAUACGGCCUGGACUGUCUGACGGAGGAGUCCAGAUACGGCCUGGACUGUCUGACGGUGGAGUCCAGGUCUCUAAAGUCCAUGUCUGACCUGUCUCUCUCUCUCAGAUACGGCCUGGACUGUCUGACGGUGGAGUCCAGAUACGGCCUGGACUGUCUGACGGUGGAGUCCAGGUCUCUAAAGUCCAUGUCUGACCUGUCUCUCUCUCUCAGAUACGGCCUGGACUGUCUGACGGAGGAGUCCAGAUACGGCCUGGACUGUCUGACGGAGGAGUCCAGGUCUCUAAAGUCCAUGUCUAACCUGUCUCUCUCUCUCAGAUACGGCCUGGACUGUCUGACGGAGGAGUCCAGGUCUCUAAAGUCCAUGUCUAACCUGUCUCUCUCUCUCAGAUACGGCCUGGACUGUCUGACGGAGGAGUCCAGGUCUCUAAAUUCCAUGUCUAACCUGUCUCUCUCUCUCAGAUACGGCCUGGACUGUCUGACGGUGGAGUCCAGGUCUCUAAAGUCCAUGUCUGACCUGUCUCUCUUUCUCAGAUACGGCCUGGACUGUCUGACGGUGGAGUCCAGGUCUCUAAAGUCCAUGUCUAACCUGUCUCUCUCUCUCAGAUACGGCCUGGACUGUCUGACGGUGGAGUCCAGGUCUCUAAAGUCCAUGUCUAACCUGUCUCUCUCUCUCAGAUACGGCCUGGACUGUCUGACGGUGGAGUCCAGGUCUCUAAAGUCCAUGUCUAACCUGUCUCUCUCUCUCAGAUACGGCCUGGACUGUCUGACGGUGGAGUCCAGGUCUCUAAAGUCCAUGUCUAACCUGUCUCUCUCUCUCAGAUACGGCCUGGACUGUCUGACGGUGGAGUCCAGGUCUCUAAAGUCCAUGUCUAACCUGUCUCUCUCUCUCAGAUACGGCCUGGACUGUCUGACGGUGGAGUCCAGGUCUCUAAAGUCCAUGUCUAACCUGUCUCUCUCUCUCAGAUACGGCCUGGACUGUCUGACGGUGGAGUCCAGGUCUCUAAAGUCCAUGUCUAACCUGUCUCUCUCUCUCAGAUACGGCCUGGACUGUCUGACGGUGGAGUCCAGGUCUCUAAAGUCCAUGUCUAACCUGUCUCUCUCUCUCAGAUACGGCCUGGACUGUCUGACGGUGGAGUCCAGAUACGGCCUGGACUGUCUGACGGAGGAGUCCAGGUCUCUAAAGUCCAUGUCUAACCUGUCUCUCUCUCUCAGAUACGGCCUGGACUGUCUGACGGUGGAGUCCAGAUACGGACUGGACUGUCUGACGGUGGAGUCCAGCGCCGACACCGUGGUUCCCGCCUACAGCGACUCCAGACACCACUGCAUCUUUCAGUCCGACCUGCUCCUGUUCAGCUGUGCGGGCGCUCACCCCACGUUGAGACGCAUCUGCCCCUGUCGCAACUACCAGAAGGGGCAGGUGGCGCUGUGCAAGGACUGUCUAUAG